CGAAGUUCAUGGCGUGAUACGACUUUUUUUAGUAACCUCUGCCAACACAACAAAAUCCCUAACAAGUUACAUAACCUCAAAAUUUUAGGCAUAAUGAUUUUUCAAAAAUUGUCCGUGAUUUCAAAUAACUCAAAAUUUGCAGUAAGAGCACUUUCUCAGUUACAACCAGUACGCUUGGCGUACGCUGCAUACGAAAGUACUUCUCCUAUUAUCGCACCGUCCCCGAUACCUCUAAUAGUGAACCAUGGCCUCUUUGGUUCAAAAGCCAACUGGAAUAGUCUGUGUAAAGUGUACCAUAAUAAAACGAACCGGAAAGUUAUAGCAGUGGAUGCCCGUAACCACGGUGAUAGCCCCCAUACACCACAACAUAGCUAUGAAUAUAUGGUUGCGGAUUUAAAAUAUUUAAUAGAAAAUUUAAAUUUCAGUAAAGUGGCUCUACUGGGACACUCGAUGGGCGGACGGGCUGUCAUGCUUUUUGCUUUGAAAUAUCCUAGUCUUGUAGAAAGGUUGAUUGUGGCUGAUAUUUCACCAGUCACGACUAGCCCUAAUUUAAAAACAAUGCCAGGGUUAUUUGGAAUUUUGAAAAAUGUGCAGUUACCACAUAAAAUGCCUUUGUCAACGGCUCGCGCACAAAUUGAUUCGUACCUGGCUAGAAGUCUGAGUGAUAAAGGGUUACGGAGUUUUUUAUUGACUAAUUUAAUACAAGCGGAAGAUGGGAGUUAUUCAUGGAGGAUUAACAUUCCAGCUUUAAUGUCAAAUUUUGGAGAUAUAGCUAAAUUUCCGGCCACAGGUAACAUGACUUAUAGCGGACCUGUUUUGUUUAUUGGAGGUGGAAAAUCAGAUUACAUUCAGAGAAGUGACGAAGCUGGGAUUAAAAGAUUUUUCCCAAACGCUGAGCUUAAAUAUAUCGAAGGAGCAGGUCACUGGCUGCACAGUGAGAAACCUACAGAGUUUCUUCAAGACACGGUACAUUUUCUAAACAAAAGCUAGUGUCAUUAAAUCGUAUAUUUUGUAAAUAAAUGCAUUUAAAUGUACAUAAAUCCCUUACACAAUUUAGAA